CGACGAAUCCCAAGCCAGACGGUUGCCAUCACAGCUCUUGUUUCCACCCGCGAAGAUCCGAAGAUCGAGUUACCCGGAAUCCCGUGCCGAUCGCCGUGCUUCCGUGGGAACUGCUCGUAGUUUCCACCACCAAGUUGACUCAAAAGGACACCAGAGAGACACUCGGAGUGCCGAGGCGCCACACGUAACUGACGAGUGUGACGAAAGCGGGAGAAAUAAAAAAAAAAAGAUAGUGGCGACGUAACCGUUACGCUUAAGUGCAAGCAACUGUUGCAUUUGCCAAUUUGCCCCAUUUUGUGUGUCCGACUGAGCGUGAGUCAGUCGGCGAGUGACUGAGUGAGUGUCUGGCCGCCAGAGUGAGUGUCUGGAGUGAGUGUCGCCGUGAGUGCGCAGUGAGUGUCGCCCGGUUGGCUGUCUUUUCGUGUGAGUGCUCCGGUUGUUUGGCCUUCCGAUGCGGCCCACCGUCGAGGUCAAGGGUCGCCUGCUGCUGACCCUGCUGCUGCACUGCCUCGUGGCCUUGGAGGUCUGUGGGCGGGCCGGCGCCUUCACCCUCCUCUCCCCCUUCAGCUACACCUCGCUGAGCUUCAAGAACCUCUUGAAUUCGGUGCUGCUCUCCAGCAACGCAAACCUCGCCGGCGGCGGAAGGAACCUCAAGUCGGAUGUCCUCGAGGAUGCCUCCCUCAUCACGCCGAAAUUAAUACGCAAAUAUGGAUAUCCGUCGGAGACGCACACGGUGGUCACGAAGGACGGGUAUAUCCUGGAAAUGCACAGGAUACCCAAGAAGGGAGCUCAGCCCGUUCUGCUGAUGCACGGCAUCCUGGAUACCUCGGCCACCUGGGUGCUCAUGGGUCCAAAAUCCGGAUUGGGCUACAUGCUAUCCGAUCUGGGCUACGAUGUUUGGAUGGGCAACUCCCGUGGCAAUCGCUACUCCAAGAACCACACCAGCUUAAACAGCGACUACCAGGAGUUCUGGGACUUCACCUUCCACGAGAUGGGCAAAUACGAUCUGCCGGCCAACAUCGACUAUAUCCUCAGUAAAACGGGAUACGAGCAGGUGCACUACAUCGGCCACUCCCAGGGAACGGCCAUAUUUUGGGUUUUGUGCUCCGAACAGCCCUCGUACACUCAGAAAAUAACCUCGAUGCACGCCCUGGCCCCAAUUGCCUAUAUCCACGACAUGAAGAGUCCCCUGUUCCGCACUCUGGUGCUCUUCCUCGACUUCCUCACGGCCGCCACACGAAUGCUGCGCAUCACGGAAUUCAUGCCCAACACCAAAUUCCUAGUCGACCACAGCCAGGUUGUGUGCCACGACAACGCCAUGACGCAGGACGUCUGCUCGAAUAUCCUGUUUUUGGUCGCCGGCUACAACUCCGAACAGCUGAACAAAACAAUGCUUCCCGUGAUGCUGAGCCACACGCCGUCGGGAGCAUCGAUUAAGCAGCUGGAGCACUUUGGCCAGCUGAUGAAGUCGGGCCACUUCCGGAAGUUCGACCGCGGCUACUUGCGCAACCAGCUGGAGUACAACCGGAUGACUCCGCCGGACUACGACCUGUCCCGGGUGAAGGUUCCGGUGGCGCUCUACUACUCGGUGAACGAUUUGCUGGUCUCCACCACCGGCGUGGAUCGCUUGGCGAGGGAGCUGCCCAAUGUGAUCGACAAGUACUUGGUGCCGAUGGAGCGAUUCAACCACCUGGACUUCCUGUGGGCCAUCGAUGUGAAGCCCUUGGUGUACAACCGACUGGUUCGCAAUGUGCGGAGGGUGGAGAACCACAGGGCCAAGCUGACGGCCAAUUUGGCCAAUUUCCUGGCCAUGCAGCUGCAGCGCCAGCAAAUCCGGCAACAAAUGCAGCAGCAGAUGAUGGAGAGUUUGCCGGCCAAUGUGCACCUGCCGCACGGAUUGGGAAUGGAGUUGAUUGCCAGGGCGACAACCUUGGCUCCUGCCACACCUUCCUUCCCACCAACCACAGCCACGCCUUCGACGAUAACGGCGGACGAGGAUGCAGUUGAGGACGAGAUCCUGACCACCACCGCCACCAGCACAACGGAAAUUCCCGCGUGACUUUGACGCCGAAUGGCCAAGCUCUUUUCGUUCCAAUUUCAUAUGACUGUGAUGACAUUUUUAACAAUUUACCGAUCGCAGCAUCGCCAGGUCCUUCGGCCGAAGGACCCCAGGUGCAAUCACUCAGGCGCAAUCCAUUCCCAUGCAUCCAACAAUCAUCAUCCCACAGAAAGCCCAAAUUCCGAUGCGGCCACCUCUUCAACCAGAAUCGUUAGAUCCGUCUUCUGUGCUACUCCUAAUACUUUAAUUUAUGUGUACAAAUUUAUGAGUAGUUUUAUAUGUACGU